UAAGCUGAGAUAGGUAGCAGUGCCGAUAAAACGACCGUGUCAAGUGAAGCGAUGAUUGCAGUGCACUUUUAGGGGCAACAUUGUUGGUGAAAGUAAUUUGGAUUUACAAGUAAACGGUGUCGGUAUUGGAUAAUUAAUUUAGAUUGACCAGCGUGUGUUAGGGUCUUAAGAUGAAUAAAUAAAGACAGCGAAAAGCAAAAGCUUGGUUAAAAAGGAAAGAAAACACCUUAAGGGAAAACUCCGCCAUGUUAGCAACGACGAAACCAGUGAUAUUUAUUUGAAUUAAUUCACACUAUGGAAGAAUGAGCAACCCAAGACGAUCCUCUUCCAGUCAAUUUCUUCAGCACCGUUUAUACACCAUUAAUAGAUCGGGGUCUGGGGAAGCUUUCUACAUCCUGCUGACCCCUGACCAUAGCCAUGUGCUAACAUAUCAAAUCAAGACAGAACAUUGGAAGGCCACCAAGGACAUUAGUCAUUUUGGAGUCGCUGUCGUGAAUAACUUCCUAUAUAUCAUUGGAGGGUUUAACAUAGUCACCGCCAAACAUGUCAAAAGAGUUGUCAGAUUUGAUCCAGACGAUGGGAUAUGGAAAGACAUGAAACCUCUUCGGAUAGCACGUGCCAAAUUCGCAACUGCAGUUUUGGAUGGGAGAAUUCUAAUCCUAGGUGGUGAAGAGACCAAUGGUAAAGUCAUGUCGUCCUGUGAAUUGUAUGAUCCGACGCAAAACGAAUGGACAGAGGCGCCCCCGUUGGUUUCUCCAAGAGCAAACCAUACAUGCGUGGUACACCACAAUGAAAUCUACUGCGCAGGUGGUUACUAUGGAAGCAAGAGCCACAGGAAUAUUUGGACGUAUGAAGGCAAGCGGUGGGAGGACCUUGGAAGACCAUACCCACAUCAACUUCCGGAAUGUCUGGACAGAUUUGCCAUGACAACCGUAGGCAGACAUUUAUACUUCAUAGGAGGUGUCCUCUGCACCAUGGAUAAACAAGAAAAGAAGCAAAAUUUUGUUACUGGGCGCCGCAUUGUAUCCUAUACUACCAGUGUGUCUGCCAUGUCUAGACCGGAAGUGGUAGCUGAUGACGAUGACGAUGAUGAUGACGCAAAUGACGGGAAGCCCGUCCUCGUCUCAGAGUUUAUAUCCCCAUGGAAUCUCGCUCUACCUAAUAUGUCGUUUGGUCGCCACAGUCACGGAAUAGCAACAAUUGGAAGUCGCAUAUAUGUAAUGGGAGGAACUCUUCUAGAAACCGGCCAACAGGUCAGGAUAGUGGAAGUGUUCGACACGGAGAAGGGCGAGUGGGAGGAGGACUUUCGAUUUCGAAAAGGUGAUGUGUCUAAUGUAAGUUGUGCAAUUUUGGAAGUCCCAUUCAAACAGGAGGAAACUCGGUUGAACGAGCGAUUAAGAUGGAUUCUAUGGUAGCAAAUCAUAAUUGUUCAAUUUUGUACCCACUACAGCAAACUGAAGAAUUUGUUGCUUCACAUAUUUUUAUAAACAUUUCUAAUUUUCAUAGUGCUGGUCAAAUUCAAUGUUGUUUUCAUUUACAAUGUUUAUUGUCAUUUAUCUCUGUACAAAUCAAAGGAAUUAUUUAUUAAAUUCACAAACAAAAUUGACGAAAA